UUAGUCAGCCAUGAGUUGCUGUGGGAACAAAUUAUGAAAACAAAUGCUCAAAAAGUUUUACAGUUUACAAUUGCAUUUAUAGAGACAAUUUAUUUAUAAAUUAGGAUAGUUUCAAAAAGAGAACAGCCAGUGUUUUGAGCUUGUCAAAGGGGUCAUGUCAAAAUUAUGAAAUAUUGACAAAAAAAAAUGAGCGAAGACAUCAGCCCUGAGUUAAUUAAAAAGACUCAGAAUUCACUUGCCAAAUAUGUGAAAGAGUCGCUGCUCAAUGAGAAAUAUUUGAGAAAACCACCUUUCAAAUAUCUUCAGGACAUUAUUAAAAAUGUAAUUAAAGAGACUGGGUUCCUGAAAGAUGUCUUUGCACAAGAUGAACUUGUCGACUACGGCAAGGACAAGGAGAGGAAGAUAGCAUUUCUCAAGAAACUGAUUGGAGCAGUUCAUGAAACAACUGGCGAUACAAUAAGUGCAAGGCCCAAUAAAAUUAUAGCAGGACUUGAUGUGCCCAAAACAUUGGAACUUUUACAAGAAUUGGGAAAAGCGAUCAAUUUGAAGGAGAAUGGCGUUAAAAAAACGAGUUUACCAAAGCGUGAUGAAUCCAAAGAAAAAAAGAAAAGGGAUACUUCCGCGACAAAAGAACCUGUCAAAAAGCCCAAGAGUAAGCCUGAUGCUGUAAAAUCAGAUGAAAAUGUGAAAGAAAAGACGAAAAAGAAGGUUAAACCAGAUUCAAAAGAAAGCGACACAAAAGAGAGAAAAAAGCGGGAAAAGCCAGAGAGGGAUUCGAGCAAAGAUGCCAAAAAGGCUGAGGAGAAGAAAAAGGAGAAAAAGUCGAGCGCAGAAGGCCAUCAAGAAAAAAAAAGUAAGGAUCCAUCCCUAAGUAAACAAAGUUCUCUUGACGAAAACAAAGAAAAUUCUUCGAGUAGAAAAGGAAGCGGACAGAAAUUAAAAUCUCCUAAGGAGCCAAAGGAAGAAAAAUUAGAAAAUAUACCAGAAGGAAAUAUCAGUAAUGAUGAUGAGCUUGUACCAUCACGUAAAAAUUCUGAAGUAAACGAGGAAGAAGAGCCUAAAGAAAAUUUGCAAACAGAGAGUAAAGAUAAUGUAGAAAAGGACAAAGUAGAAAGCAAAGAUAAAUUACAAACAGACGGCACUACAAGAAAAGAUGAUGAAUCUGCUCCAAAGACUGCAAAAGAGCGCAAGACAAGCAGUCGAAAGUCAUCUGCUAAGCCAAAGCUCGAGAAAGUGGAAAAACCUGAAAAAGCUUCUGAAAAGCCUAAGGAAGUAGAAGUUCCUUUGCUGGGGGCCCCUGAUAGUCCAGUUACAGUUCCAAAAUUGGAAAGACCAAAGACAGCCAGAAAAGCUCCACCAAGUGCAAGAACAGGCGCACCAAAACCAAGAGAUAGGGGUGAAGUUCAAAACGAUUUAAAUGUAAGUUCUUCCGAUCUAGAACCAAAACUGGUACCUGUUAUUAUUGAGACUGACAACAAAGAUGACGACAAAGAAAAUUUAGUUGUCCUCGAAACACAACCUCUUUCCAUGGACAAUGAUAUUCAGAGUGGUAUUAUUAUGCCUGACAUGGAGGAUGAAAACUUAGGUGAAAAUGAAGGCGUUCUUGUUGCACAAAUAUUAGAAACAAAGAAAGAACUAGACGAGAGUAAACAAUUAUGGGCGCCAAGCACCAACAAAGUUGAAAUUGAAUGGGAAGGCGGUAAAAAGCAAAAAAGGGAGGCAGUUAUAAAAGAAGUCAAUAAAAUGAAAGAAGGUAUACAGCAGUUAACUAGAGCGACGAACCCUCUGGGAAAACUUUUCGACUUUCUUCAGGAAGAUGUGGACUCGAUGCAGAGAGAACUGAAACUUUGGAUGGAUACUAAUGCAAAUUACUCAAAACAGCUAAAAGACGAACAAAGGUUGUCAGAAAGCUCAUUGGAAACAUACAAACGCCAGUUGGCUGAGCUCGACAGUCUUAUCGAACAGGAACAAGAAGCUGUCAGAAAUUUAAAAGCGACAAUUUUAUCCAACGACAAAAAAAUAAUUAACAUCGUCACUCGGGUUCCGUAAAAUUAUUUCUGGCAUUGCCUCCGUAUCUGUUUUAAAACUUUCUCAUCUCAGGAUUUACAGACUACUUUGCAGGUUGUUGUAGGAAAAACUUAACAUUUAAACUGUGUUUGCAUUCAAGCACAAUUCAAGUGCCUCGAUUAAUUAAUCAUCAGUGCCUUUAUAAAAAUGUAAAUAAAAAUAACCACUGUAAUUUGA